ACCAUGACCCGGCUGAGUUGCCGUUGGCAUCUUAACUAGAAAGGGUUUUGGGGGUUUCACAGAGAGAGGAGCUUGCGGAGGAAGGAGCCAGACGACGGUUAGUAAUGGCGGAUUCGAAAUCGGAGAUUCUCAAAAGGUUGCGCUGCCAUCACUGCGCCGGCCCUCUUACCAAAGAAGCGGAAACUAGCGGUUGGACGAAUCGACCCCUGCUCCGAGACAGUUUUUCCAUGAUUGGAACUGCUGUUGGUGGUACCGCUGGCGCAUUCUAUGGGUUUAAUCAUGUGAUGCCGAUAGUUCAGAAGUACAUAAAAGGACCAAUGUGGGUUCAUUUCUUCAUUGGUUCUACCUUGUUCAGUUCUUCUCUUGUUGGUAGUUCCUACUUAAAAAUGUACUGUUUUAAUAUGCAGGCACCUCCAGUAAUUGUAUUCGCUUCAGCUUGUGCCGGAUUUGCAGGUGGUGCAGUUCCAGCACUAGCACAACUUGCUUCUUCUGGGUAUCAUGCUGCCGUUUCAUCUCCAUCCUUGAAUCCUCCUCAAGAAGAUAAAGUGCACAGGUCCAGAAGUUCUUCUACCUUGUAAGGUCUUAUGGUUGACACUUGACAUUACAGAGAUACAUUCUUGUCUCGCUUCCAAGUUCUAUCCAACAUGUAAGGGUGAAGCUGGUGAUUGGUUACUUGGCUUGGCUGGCUAAAGAAUGCUGGUUCUCAAGAAGUUUUGCUCAUGUUCAUACUAUCGUCUUAUUUUUGUCGCUCGGUUGUACAUGCCACUAUGUUAUGCUUCCUAUAGUUGCUUACAGCUACAAUUGAAGAAUGGCAUUGGUGCUCUUUCUGUUUUUCAAACUUCAGCUACACUUUACUCAUGUAAUUGAGAUAUGCAGUUUUUUCUCCUCGCCUGUAUUUCACUUUCCACAUUAUCAGUAAUAGAUGAUUUUACAAAUAUAAAAACAGGUUUAUUUCCCCCCUUCGCCAUGAAAAUGGACUUCAUCUGCUUUUAUUCAGCAAGACAAAUCAUGGGUUUUCUUUUGUACUCUGCCAGAAACAAUUAAUGGUUCUCUUUUCCAGAUAUCAGAAGAACGGAUCCCACUCACGAUCUCUCCCUGUACCAUCCAUCUUCAAGCUUCAGCUUCAGCUUCCAGCUGCCUGGUUCUGCAAAUCCAGUCCCUGGAUCUUUCCCUUCCUCGAUCUGUCUCCUUACUUUGCCAACUCUUUCCAGCAUUCCCUUAACUGCAAUGUCAAAUGCAUCUUCAAAGUCCUUCGAUUUUGAUCUUGGAUCCCUGUAUAUCACCUUUGGGAUCAAGUUUAUCACUUCUUGUCUCAUCGACACUACUUCCGCCUUUGAAACUUGAAGCAGUUGCAUUCUGAUGCUGACUCUCCCUUCUCUCACCAGAUUUUCCGGUAUGUAAACAGAAUAAGAAGAGUAGUUCCUUGGAAGAUGCCAUAUGUACUGUGUAUAAGCCGAAAAGGGAUGGAAGAAUACAGGAAUACACCCGGCCAAGAUGGAAUCGAAAGUUGACCUCCUGGUGUAUGAAUCGCCAGCAGGCUGCAGGCAAAAGACCGAGUUCCGAAACACUUUCAACACCUCAAUUGGACUCAUACAAUUGGCUGAAUGACAGUUCAGCAGCUUGCAAUUCCUCCUUGAAGCUAAACACUGGUUUAUGAGCUCCCCACGGAUGGAGUCUGUCAUGUUAGCUCGUGGCCCACCCACGAAGGAGAAUAGGGUAUGGAAUCCCCAACUCGUUGCUCCAUGAAGUUGUCUCAAUCGAAAGCAUUGUCAUGUUCAUUGCUUCAGGAAGUUGCAUCAGCUUGCUUCCCCAAUGUGAAUCAUCGUCAUCUGGUCUUCGAAGAUCCCAAGCAAUUCUGCCUGAAACAAAGAAAUGGUCCCUUCCCCAUAAACCUGAUGUCUUCCAAUUGGGCUGGUUUUUCAGCCAGCUCACCAACUCAAAACCUAGAGCAUCUCUCACAGUUGUAUUGUAAUUCCCCCAGAGAUGUCUAACAAUGUCGAAGCCGGGAUAGAAUGGCACGUAGAUCAAGGAGGCCAAGGAUGAAUCAUUGGUCAAGCAAUCAUAGCUCUUCAUCAACCUGUGACGGAAGAUGACUUCGAGACUGAAGUGAUUGGUAGCGUACCAGCUGCUCGCCAAUCUCUCCGUGAUCAAGCCCUGGUCACCAGAUGGGUUCUUAAUAUUGACCUGAGCUCCAAAUCCCAAGUUGGAGAGGUUUGGGCACAUAUCAGGGUUCUUGAGCAGCGAACUAUCGCGACAGCUGUUGAACACAUCGUCGUUGAAACGGGUAGGCAGAUGAUGAACAUAGAUGUAACGUCCUGAGCAAGUAUUUCCUCCAGCCACAUUGCUUGCGGCGUAUUGUUGUUGGAAUGUAACACCAGCAGCAGUAGUCUCGGUAAGGUACUUGGCGAGGGAAGCAGAGUUAUGAUGAAUGGUGAAGUAAGAGAUGAAGACUAGGGUCAAGGCAAUGAGAGAGAACAACAAGAGAUGGUUAACCCAGGCUAUGGUUUGGGUUUUAGCCAUACCUUGAGAAUGAUCUCUUCCAGUUCCAGGCCAAGUAGUGAUAUAUGAAGACUUUGAAGGCUUCAUUUGGUUUAGUGUUGUGAAAUACAGGGGAAGGGAAGAGGGAUUUUGACUUUUUGAGUAAGAAAUAGAAGAGUCGAAAUAUGCUCUUAUAUACCUAAAAAAUGAGGUGGUGUCUCAAGUGUCAUUAAGCUGCAUGUAUUACGUAUAAAUUUUGUGUUGUCGAUAUGUUGGUAAAAUAUGAUC